AUGCCAGGAAGUUUGCCUAGGUUGUACGAUACGGCUCUUGGUUGGGUAAUUUCGGGCCCUUUGUCAAAGGAUGAUGAUCAUAGCGUUGUCGAAGUAUCCACCGUCUGUCCACUAGGAACAACCACUCCGUGGAUGAAUUCAGAACCAUUUAUUAGGCAGUCGAAACAUGAGGAGAAGUUAGCGUUUGAAAGAUAUUUUCAAGACAGUCAUAGUCGAUUAGCGGAUGGGCGUUUUGUCGUUCGACUACCGUUUCGAAAAGAACCAUCACUGCUUGGGAGUUCAAUGAAUAUGGCUCUCAAACGAUUCCUGACACUUGAAAAAAAAAUGUGUAAUAAUUCAGAAUUGGCAACGGAGUAUAAAAAUGUUCUCAAGGAAUAUGAAGAGAUGGGUCACAUGUCAAAAAUAGAUGAUACCGUCACAACACCCGGUAUUUAUUAUCAUAUAUCUCACCAUGCGGUGUAUAAAAAUUCAAGUAGCACCACCAAGUUGCGAGUUGUUUUCGAUGCUUCUAUGAAAACCACUACUGAUUAUUCUCUGAAUGAUAUUCUGAUGACCGGUCCUGUCGUGCAACAAGAGCUUUUCGAUAUAGCGAUGCGUUUCCGUUACUAUUUGUACGUGGUUACUGCAGAUGUUGCCAAGAUGUUCCGUCAGGUCCUCGUCCAUGAGAAUGAUCGACAUUUCCAAAGAAUAUUAUGGCGCGAUGCACCUGACAAGCCUUUACAACAUUAUGUACUUAAUACUGUAACUAAGGGACCGUUAAAGAAUUUAUCGCCGUUCCUUGACAAAGGGAUAUUGCGAGUUGGAGGUCGUUUGAAAUAUUCUGAAUUAGAUUUGAACUAG